UGGGCGGUGAAACCGUUUUAAGGGAAAAGUUUAAACAGAGGGGCGGGAUAAAAAUCGAAAUUGAAUAGCGCAUUAUAGCAAGCAUAGCACAACGCUUUAGAGGAAGACGGGACAAAGUGACAGAGCACAUCUGGUGAUCGAUAACUGUACUCGGUAUACGUGGCAUUCCUAGAUCUAUCCGGUUAUAUCGUUUGGAAUAAGUUGGAAUAAUGGCCUCUCAGAAUAUGGAUCCUGCUGCAGCCACUUCUACUGCAGCGCUGAAAGGUAGCGAAACUGGGGGAAGCGCAGCCCGAGGAUCAGUCUCUAAGAGGCUACAACAGGAAUUGAUGACCCUAAUGAUGUCUGGAGACAAGGGAAUUUCAGCUUUUCCAGAAUCUGAUAACCUUUUCAAGUGGAUUGGGACUAUAGAUGGCGCACAGGGAACGGUUUAUGAAGGUUUGAGGUACAAGCUCUCCUUGGAAUUCCCCAGUGGCUAUCCCUACAAAGCACCCAGGGUAAAGUUCAUCACCCCCUGCUACCACCCCAACGUUGAUGAGCAUGGCUUCAUUUGCCUGGACAUCCUGAAAGAGAAGUGGUCAGCCCUGUAUGAUGUGCGUUCAAUACUGCUGUCCAUCCAGAGUUUGCUCGGAGAACCCAACAACGACAGCCCAAUGAAUGCUGGCGCUGCUGUGCUUUGGGAUGACCAGGAGGCCUACAAAGCCCGUUUGCACGCAACCUACAAGAACUGACGAGUGAGACCUCUGCCUCUCCUUCCGUUUUAUUUUUGUGUGUCUCUCUCUUCCCUUUCUGAUGGCGUACAAUUAUGUAAAUCUUUCAUUGUUUCUGUGUAUGUACAGUUGUUUAUUUUGUAUUAAACGUGAUAAUAAAGACAUUUCUGGUAAAAUA